UAAAUUCACUACAGUGGGAAGGAGGGAGUGUGUGCUUGGCAUCAUGUUUAACUGUUUCAAAAUGCCUACAGAAAAGCAGCUGAUUGUCAGACCAUUGAAAAACAGUAUGUAGAAUAUAAUGAAUUAGUCAUUGUAAGUAUAUUUUUCCAUGGUGAUACUCUGAGUCUGGUUGUAUCUCCUGUCAUCUGUGAGUUAAACCUUUGUGGUUUUUUUGAUGAUUGGGAAAGUUUUGCCUUUACAGAUUUUUCUGCUGUUUGUCUUCUUGUCCCUUUGGAAUGUUUAUCCCUGGAUUUGAUGACAUUCAGACUUCUAUUCACGUGUUUUAUAAUAAUUUCCAUGUAACUGGCCCAAAAUAAUCUAAGAAAAUAGUGUUAGCUGCCAGCUUGACCACCUGUUUUAACUACCAAACAGAUGUUAGACCUGUAUAAGAAUUGGCAGUAACACUUAAAGUAUUAAGUAUUACCCAUAUGGACAAGAAGACUCAAAAGAAGAAUGUGGGAUCUGUAACUUUCAGAUCUUCUAUUGAACCAUUCAGUUUUUGUGUCCAUUAAUUCUGAUUUUCCUGCUCUUCUUUGUUUCAUGCUUUUUUCUGAGUGGGUUGUGUUUGAGAAAAGGGAAUUGCCGGAGGGUCCAAGCAAGCUCUAAAGGAAAGGUUUUCUUGAAAUCCUUCUGAGUGCCUCUCUUGCUUACUGGUCUUGGCCCUUUCCAUCUCAAAGAGCAUGGUCUGUUUGACAGGUCUGCCAUGUUGAAUGCUGCUAAGCAAGAAGCAGCCACAUAGUGCUGUCUCACUGAAUAUUUGUGCUUGUGCUCUUCCUUUUUUAUUUUUCCUUUCCCAAAAUGUACUCUGAUAAUCUGCAAAAGCUGGGGUUUUUUUUUAAUAUAUCUUCACAUUGCUGCCUUUCAUUCAUUUAUUCUUUCACCUGAGCUUGUAUCAUUUCCAGCACUUCGUAGCUGUCUGUGCAACAGUACUUUCUUCUGACAAAACACUUCCUUACAUCUUACGAACAAAUGUUUAGAUGGUCUAUUUUUCUGCCUGGCAUUGUUCUGAAUUCCAGUGUAAAUGCGUGUACCCAGCCAUGCUGCUCUGUGCCCGUAGAAUUGCCAUUUGUGAUUUGCAUGGGUUGGCAGGGGAAGGGCCCAGGCUGGCACUCACUCAGCCAUGGUGCAUAGGCUGAAUGCCAGGAGAUGGCUGUAAGACACUGCCUGUGGGGUUUUAUGUGGUGCUGAGUGAACGGACACAGCUCCUUCCAUCCUGGGCUGUUGAGCUGAAGAGAUUCCCCCACUUAUUGUGCACAGUAUAUUUUCUGUCCUCGUUCUCUACAUCCUCCUUUCCUGGAGUGGCUAAAGGCUAAAGAAACUGAAGUUACAAUCUCCCCCUCUGUUAUAGAAACUAGUCAGUGUUUCUGGUGGCACAGCUGGAUACUAAUAAUGUUGGCUUAUGCAGUGGUUUGUUUUGGGCUUCACCUACCAGCCAAUUUCGAGAACUGUGAAGGAGUUUUACUUCAUAAAAACUUGUGGCUACUUUGCUUGGCUGUCUUCUUCCUCCCAUCCACCUGCCGUAAAGUCUGUGAGGUACACUUAUUUUGAAGUGUCCUAAACCUACCAUGGUUUUACUUAAUUGUCUGACUUGCAUAAGAUCUCUGCUGGGUGAGGUCAGAAUAUCCAAAGAAUACUUGUUGUGGCUGUUGUUGUAUUGAGGUAUGCUUUGAGGUGUUUUGGAUUUUUUUUUUUUUUAGACUGCUUCUCCAAGAAAGAAUAAAUAGGGCAGGUUGAGUCAGAGCUGGGUUGGAGCAGUGCAGAGUACCUGGAAAUUCAACAUUUUGUGGGAGUUAGAGUGGCAAAAAGAUGAUAAUGUUCCUGACAGCAAUGGGGGUUUUGGCUGCCACGGUGAGAGGAGAGGCAUUAAAUUGAGUUGUAUAGGAAAAUGAGACAGACAUUUGUUAAGUUGUGUAAACUUGUGCUAAAUAGCUUUUAUUAUUGAAAUUGCACACCUUUUCAUUUUUUUCAUUUUUCCCCUGAAAGUGAUUGGUUAGUGGGCUGCCAGCAUUUUAACUCUGUAGAGCUAGAUGCAAUGUGUGAACUUAAAAAUACCCUACAAGUACUAGAAACCUUCAAACAACUGCCCAAGAAUUUAAGGCUUCCAAGGAGGCUAAAAUUCAGUGCUGCUUUGCAGAAAAGAUAGAGAAAUAAUAAAAGCAGAACAAUUAUUCUGUGUUCUUAAGGUACCUGUAAACAUACAUCCAGCAUCUUUAACUUCUCUUCAUUGGAUAGCUUAUGAUCUUAACAUCAAUAAGCAUAAAAGUUGCAAAUACUGCCACAGUUAUAUCUUUGCAUUGCAUACUACUGCUGAAAAAAAAAAAAAAAAAAAAAAAAGAGCUCUUUGCAUUAUAUAGAGGUAUUUAGAACACAAGUACUUAUUGGAAAAUAAUUCAAGCAAUAAAUUGGGUGUAUGCAUUUUAGUGCUAGGAUGCCUAUAGGGCAGCAUUUAUAUAAGUUGCCUUGUGUUUACCUUACUGAUCCUAUUACUAUAAAACUUUGUUUCCUUUUGGGAAAAAAGGAAAAAAAAAAAGAAAAAAAAAUGAAAAGGCAAUUGCUAAUACCUCUAUUAUCUGAUAGAGACCUUCCAAAUGAUACAAAUCUCAUCCCUCCUGCUGUUUUGCUGUCUGCUUUUUCUAAUGCUCUUUUUGUCAUUGAGAGGUUAUGACAACAUAAGCCAUAUUGUAUUUAUAAACAUCACGUGUUUCCUUGAUAUGACUUGUGGUGUCUGCCAAACAGAACACAUGGAAGAAACAUUUCUCAUUAGCUCAGCAUUGGUUUUGGUUAUGCUGAUUUCCGGGACAGGAAAAAUGCCUUCCUUACUCAGAUUUAACUUUCAUACAGUGAAAAGAAAGCCUCUGAGUGUCCCUGAAAUCUCUUGAGCAGAGACGCUGCAGCUUUUUUAGGCCACAUACUUUGUCUGACAACAAGAGAAAAUGCAGUUUAUUUUAAAGAGCAAAUGUAAUGGCACGUAUUGCUGAAACUAAGUCUGAAUUAAAAUACCUGCCAAAGUCAUCUAGAAACAGAACUCACCAAGAGAUGUAAGAUGCAGAGGGAAAUUGCUUAUACGGGGCGAGAUGGCCAAAGUGGUUCCCGCCCUGGAUCUGCCCCACACCCUCUGCAUGCGAUGCCCAGCUCACCGCCCUCCACCCCGGUGCCCCACUCCAUGCCUCCCUCUCCAUCCAGGAUUCCCUAUGGUGGGGGCCGGCCCAUGGGUGUGCCAGGCAAUGCCACCAUCCCCAGGGACCGUCUGUCCAGCGUGCCAGCCUCGCGCUCGAUAUCGCCCAGCCCAAGCGCCAUUCUGGAGAGACGGGACGUGAAGCCGGAUGAGGACAUGGGUAACAAAAACCUUACCCUGAUGCGAAAUGAAAGCCUGUACGGGGACCCCUACUUGUUUCAUGAGGGGAGGAUGAGCGUGGCUGCACCGCACUCCGGACACCCCCUGGAUGUCCCUGAUCACAUUGUGACCUACCAUCGCAGUGCCAUGAGGUCAUCAAGCACUUACUGCAACCCAUCCAUGCAGCCUGAAAUGCUGGAGCAGUCCUUGUACAGACAAAAGUCACGGAAGUACCCAGAGAGCCAUUUGCCCACUCUUGGCUCUAAGACGCCUCCAGCCUCACCCCACAGGGUGGCUGACAUGAGAAUGAUCGAUAUUCAUCCUCACCAUGGCCCUCACAUUCCUGCCCACACCAUCCAGCCGGACAGGUCUUCCCCCAGCCGCCAGUCCUUCAAAAAGGAGCCAGGACCACCCGUGUUUGUGGAUGCGAAAGCGCGGAGUGCUGUUGGCCUGCCAGGCAUGGCCGAGGCAAUGCCCUCUUCCAUGGACAAGCAGGCUUUUGGCUAUGGGUCACCCACGAUGCCCAAGGACAAGGAGACAAGAGAGAGGAUACAAGCCAUGGAGAAACAGAUUGCCAGUUUAACUGGUCUUGUUCAGUCUGCGCUUUUUAAAGGGCCAAAUACAAGUAAUAGCAAAGAUUCUUCUAGUGAGAAGAUGAUGAAAAUUGUGUCCAGCAAGAGCAGCACUGACACUGCAGGUGCUGCCAGUAUAUCUGGGGGGAAGAAUGCAGUGGGAGCUGUGGAGUCAGCUGUCACCCACCACCCCGCUGGAGCCCCAGCAAUGCACCUCAGCCUGCAUGGCAUGAAACGCAACGUGUCGGACCUGCGGCUGCAGCUGCAUCAGAUGAAGCAGCUACAGCUGCAGAACCAGGAGAUGCUGAGGGCAAUGGUGAAGAAAGCAGAGCUAGAAAUCAAUGGCAAAGUGAUCGAAACGGUGAAGAGGCUUGAAGAUCCUGUGCAGCGACAGCGCAACCUGGUGGAACAAGAGAGGCAGAAGUACCUCAGCGAGGAAGAAAAGAUUGUAAAGAAGUUAUGUGAGCUGGAGACAUUUGUUGAAGACCUGAAGAAGGACUCUGCUGCUUCCAGCAAGGCAGUUACACUGAAAGACGUUGAAGAUGGAGCCUUUCUUUUGCGUCAAGUGGGAGAAGCUGUUGCUACCCUGAAAGGAGAGUUCCCGACACUGCAAAAUAAAAUGCGAGCGAUCCUGCGGAUUGAGGUAGAAGCGGUGAGGUUCCUGAAGGAGGAGCCACACAAGCUGGACAGUCUGCUGAAACGUGUGCGCAGCAUGACCGAUGUCCUCACCGUGCUCAGGAGACAUGUUACAGAAGGACUGCUGAGGGGUGUGGAUCCAUCCCAAGCUGUGCAAUACUCUGCUACGGAAAAGUCCACAGCAGCUGACACUCUGAAAAGCCAAGAGGAGCACAAGCCCACCCAGGGACACGCACAGCAAAACCUCACAGCGAUCCCAUCCGAGUCCCAGGUGCCAUCGGUCAAGUCAGAAGUCAUCCCCUUCUCAGCCAUGACCGUCCAUCACGUGCAGAGCUCGCCUGUUGUCAUCCAGCAGUCUCAGCACUCGGCAGCCCUGGUCCCCCACGCCCAGGGCUCUCCCUCUGCAGGCAGCCACGGUGAAGCUGUGCCUGCAGGAAGUCACCCCUCAGCCACCCCAGCCCCGCAGGAGCCCACGGCAGGAUCCCAGCCCACACAAGCCACACCAGCACCACAGGUCUCUGUCAAUGGCACCACCAUGCAAAGCCUUUUCAUUGAGGAAAUUCACAGUGCAAGUACCAGAAAUCGAGCUGUAUCAAUUGAGAAAGCUGAAAAGAAGUGGGAAGAGAAAAGACAAAACCUUGAUCACUAUAAUGGAAAGGAAUUUGAAAAGCUCUUGGAAGAGGCCCAGGCCAAUAUAAUGAAGUCCAUUCCUAACCUGGAGAUGCCUCCCCAGCCAGCAGCCCUGCCUAAAGGAGAUGCAGCAGAAAAGCUAGAAGUCUCAGAAGAAGCUCCUGAUGGAGAACAGGACAAUGACAAGCUGACCAAGUCUCCACCUCCUCCGCCUCCACGGCGCAGUUACCUGCCGGGGUCAGGGCUGACCACAACGAGAUCAGGAGAUGUCAUCUACACAGCCAGAAAAGAGGCUGCUGCUCUCAAGGAAUGCAAUGAAGAUGCUGGGCAAAUAGCACAAUCCAAAGCCCCUAAAGAGGACCAGGCAUUUUCUCGGAGCACAGGGCAUGCUGUAACACCAGCUGCAAAAGAUGAAGAGGAAGAGGAAGGAGAUAAAAUAAUGGCAGAAUUACAGGCUUUCCAGAAGUGCUCUUUUAUGGAUGUAAACUCAAACAGUCAUGCUGAACAGUCCAGAAAUGAUACACAUGUUAAAGACAUAAGGCCUGGGACUUUAAUUCAUCACAAGGAAAAGAAGAAUUUGGAAUUUUGCCCUGAAGAAAGACAGGAAUCAGAUGACAGCUUGAGACAUGUCUCUGCAGCAGUAAAUGGAGUGGUGUAUGGGGCUACAACAGGAUCUCCCAAAGAUAGUGACCAUCCUAAAGAGAAGAGGGAAGGGAGAACUGAAGAAGAAUUGGGUUCUGAUUCAUCCAGUACAGCUGACAGUAAAAGUGGCUUUUCAAUGAAUGACAGUCCUACAUUUAGCAAGGGUUUGUUUGUAGACAGUACAGACUAUUCUAACAAAAACCUUCAGAAUAUGAGCACAAACCUGUCUGGCAUUGGUUUGCCAGAGGAGGACACACGAAGAGGGGCUCAAGAUAUCUUAGGAUCACAUUUUCCAGCCGUUGAGACUGGAAAACAAAAGCCAAACUACAGACUGUCAAGAGAUGCUCUUCAGGGCGUGCCUCAGGGUGAAGCCUUGCAGAGCACAGGCAAGCACAUCCCCAUCAGCAGCGUUGUCCCUCUCCUGAGGCACAUGCAGGAGGCUGCGGGGCCUCAGCCUUCCUUGCAGGAGCAAGAAGUGUCUGCAGGCAACUACAAUCAGGUUGUGCUGAGACCCAAAGUGUCCAGAGCAAACAGCAUUGAAGAGACAGACUCUCCAGCCAGCUCUCCAAGUGAAGACAACCCACCCACAGAAAACAUUGCCUUCAUGAUUACCAAAACAGCUGUGCAGGUGCUCUCGAGUGGGGAAGUUCACGACAUAGUGAGCCAGAAAGGAGGAGAUGUGCAAACAGUCAACAUCGACGCGAGGAAGGAUGUGGCAUCUGAGAAGGGCAACCCCGAGAACAUGGACAGCGAAGAGCCUGUGGUGUGUCUGGACAAAAAGCCUGUCAUCAUCAUUUUUGAUGAACCGAUGGAUAUUAGGUCAGCGUACAAACGGCUUUCUACCAUUUUUGAGGAAUGUGAUGAGGAAUUGGAAAAAAUGAUGACAGAUGAAAAAAUAGAAGAAGAAGAGGAGGAAGAAAAUGAAGUAUGUGAAGUCUCUGAGAGGCAGAAGGAAGAGUCACCAGUAGCUAAUGACAGAAAAGCAACCACAGAGCAUUCUGCAGCUCAUGGUCCUCAGGGGCCAUACCUAUUUAACCUUCGGUCUGACUCUGCAGAAGGCAGACCUCCUGCAGAGGAGGAAAGCACAAAGACAAAUUUCAACAAAUACCGUCAGAUCUAUGGGCUAAACACAGAAGCAAACUCAGACUCUGCCGAUCAGUUGGCAAGCAGGCAGGAUUCUAAGAAAAAAUUUAAAUUUAAAUUCCCUAAAAAGCAGCUGGCUGCUCUGACGCAGGCAAUACGGACAGGAACCAAGACUGGGAAGAAGACCUUGCAGGUUGUGGUCUAUGAAGAAGAGGAGGAAGAUGGGACCCUGAAGCAGCACAAGGAAGCAAAGAGAUUUGAAAUCACUAGGUCUCAGUCUGAGGAGAGUGAUAAAAGUCCUUCUGGGAAGCAAGAGGGACCCUUCGGAGCUGCAGUGUCCCUGUCUAGGACUGAUGAAAUUCGACAGAGUACAUACAGAACGCUAGACAGCCUUGAGCAGACUAUAAAGCAGCUGGAAAACACCAUCAGUGAAAUGAGUCCAAAACCUGUCCCUGAAAACACAUACACCUCUGAGGGAAGCUUUGUCCCCUUCUCUGCCCAGAUAGUACCAGAGACCCCAUCCCGAGAGCAUGUAGUGCUGGAUGAGAGCCUUGCUGGUGUAGAGCCCCCUGCAUCACUCCCAGCCACUUCACGUAAGGGCUCCAGCGCUGCCUCCCAGACAAGCCGGAUGCCAGUCCCCAUGGCUUCAAAAACUAGACAGGGAAGCAUGGAGAAAGCAGGCAAACAGCACAAGCUGCAGGAUCCACGCCAAUACAGACAGGCUAAUGGAAGUGCUAAGAAAGCUGGUGGGGACUAUAAGGCUACUUCUCCUACCCUACCUGCUUCUAAGAUCCCAGCCUUUUCUCCCACUUCUGGGAAAAGCAGCUCAGCACCUGCUUCUAGCGGUGACAGCUCUAACCCUCUUAAUCCACCUACUAAAACCUCCAUUCCUUCCUCCUCCCUUCUCGGUCCUCAGACAGGUCGCAUAACUUACUCUACCUCCCUCAUCCCCUCUGUCUCUAAUGGCUCCUCCAAGUUGCAGAGCCCCACUUACCCAGGGAAAGGUCACCACCUCUCCUUCUCGCUGCAGACUCAGAACGGCCGACCACCCCCUCCUUCCUCCUCUACCUCCCCCCCCUCCUCUAUCUCCCCCCCUUCCCUGAGCCAAGGUAUGAAGAGCAUCAGGACAAUCCACACCCCUAGUUUCAACAGCUACAAGGCACAGAACGGGAAUGCCAGCAAGUCCGCCCCAUCCACGGUCAAGGAGCCAUCCUAAAGGCUAAGCACAGCACACCUGCCAGGUCACCGAGGCUUUUUGUUCACAGAAUCCGCAGCCAAUAUUUUAACCAGGGAACGUAACCAUUUUGUUGUAUUGCUGGAGGCUUAAUACUAAUCACGUGCUAAAUACUGAAUCACUACACUAGAUUAGAGUGAAGCUUUUGGAAAACAGUUGCUGUUGUACUGAUAAAAGAGCAUUUUCUUUCUAUGGGCAGCACCUCUUUAAAAAAGUGUGAAGGUGUGUGAGUGAACUGCGUGUGCACAGUGGUGUACUGAGCAUGGGGAAUUGUAUGGAUAAAAAUUUACUAAGUUGUUUUGUAUAAAGCUAUUUUUCAUUAUGAGGUCUAGAAGUGAACAGAGAUAUACUAAAGUGUGAUUAUAUUCAACUGUAAAACUGAAACUAAAAUAUUUUUCUUUUAUUUUGGUGUUAUUUAGCUUUGUUACAGAUUUCUAUUUUUGUCAACAAAUGUCAUGGUUCCUUUCGAGAUGUUUUUGCCAAAACAUUUUGAUACUAUUGUAAUGUACAUUUGAAAGUAGUAUGCUGGACAGUAAAACCUCUGCACAAGAAACAGAACAAGACUGGUCUUAUGUGUGUAUGAGGCAACUCAACUUAUUGCACUGCCAUUCAGAUUAUAUUUAAGAAUUUGACAGACAAGGAAAAAAUAAAUUGUUUUACACAUAUAGAUAGUUGCUGAUUACUUUUUUUCUUAGCUCAAUCCACCCUUUUUCCUUCAUUUUUAUUUUACUGAGACCUGGUAGCCCAUUAAUGUAUUGCAUUGUGGAUUUUAAAAUGUACACUUCAGUACUGUUCUGUAUACUGGCAAACUUUUGUACAUAUCUAUAAAUAUCUAUAAAUAAAUAAAUAAAUACUGUAUGUGGCUGGGCACAUAGAGUAGUUUUACGACACCAAAGUUAAUUUUUAUGCAUGCUUAAAAAUAUAUAUGGGGAAGGGUUGAAAAAGAUGGAUAUCAGUUAAAUAGGAGAAGAGCAAAAAACUUGCAUAGCUAAUGGUUUUGUAAAUAAAUUUAUUUGUAUAACACCAUAAUGUAAUAUACAGAACUAUGAUAAGCAAAGAUCUUUACAAAAAUAAAGGGCUGCAUGCUUA